CGCUACACAGAAAUCGCGAAUCGUUGUCGUAAGAAUCGUCGAGCGGUGUUUUGAGAAGCUUCGUAUCUUUUUUACUUACCAAAUCAACUGGAUAGAAGCGACCAGGAAGAAGACGGAAGCUCUGACCAACUCUGACCGGCGGCUUUUAUUGCAGAGCGAAUCAGCGAAUCAAGAUAAAUAUGAAUAAAUAAGAUAAACUCGAGCGUUAUCACAAAAUUCACAAAGAUAUGCCUGUUACUACGGGCGCUUUUCGAGUGCGCGUGCCACGUCUAGGUCUUAGAGGAGCUUAUAAUAAAUUUGGUGGAGACAUUAAACAUCUGCUAUACUUGUAAGCAGUAAUUUGAUUGUUCUAAAUCAUGGCGCAUUACAAAGGAGCAGCCAGCGAAGCUGGCCGAGCCAUGCAGUUGAUGAAGAAACGAGAAAUUGCACAGCAAGAGAUAGAACUGCGAAAGAAGAAAAUUGAAGAUGACUUGAAGAUUCAUAACAUAGAGAAUAAGUUUGCGACUCAUUACAAUGCUGUUGAGCAACAAUUAAAGACUUCCACAAUUGGCUUGGUCACAUUGAAUGAAAUGAAAGCAAAGCAGGAGAACAUAGUGAAAGAACGCGAAAGAAAGCUUGCUCAGAAGGAACGAGAGCGAGAACAGGAAAAAGAAAGAGCAUUGGCGGCUAAACAGGCGGAAAAGAACAAGCAGAAAAGGCAGAUUCAAGCCCUGUCCUUUAAUUUGGAUGAAGAUGAAGAUGAAGCUGAGAUUUCUGAUGAGGACAACGCAGAAAAAUCUAUGGAAUCAGAGAAUGCACGAUGUAACAGUCCUGAAAUCAAGAAGAUCAAGAAAAAUCCAGAUGUAGAUACAAGUUUCCUGCCAGAUAGGGAAAGAGAAGAAGAGGAAAAUAAACUUAGAGAAGAAUUGAGGCAAGAGUGGGCUACAAAGCAAAAUGCAUUAAAGGAGGAAGAGAUCGAAAUCACAUUCAGUUAUUGGGACGGAUCUGGCCAUCGUCGAAGUGUUAUAAUGAAGAAAGGAAAUUCUAUCUAUCAGCUUCUUCAGAGAUGCUUGGAAGUCCUGAGGCGUGAAUUUAGUGAGCUUAAAACAGUUAUGGCAGAUCAAUUGAUGUAUGUUAAGGAGGAUCUUAUAUUACCACACCAUUAUACAUUCUAUGAUUUUAUUGUAACCAAGGCACGAGGAAAGAGCGGACCUUUGUUCACAUUUGAUGUUCACGAUGACAUUCGCGUUAUGCAUGACGCUUCUGUUGAAACUGAGGAGUCACAUGCUGGAAAAGUUUUACUUAGGUAUUUGUUAUUAAAGGACCAGUUUAAUUGUACAAUUUUUUCGCAUAUUUUUUCUUGCAUUUUGCUAUAUGCUUUUCAUAUUUUCAGAUCAUGGUACGAGAGGAACAAACACAUUUUUCCAGCGAGUAGAUGGGAACCCUUUGAUCCAACGAAAAGUUACGACAAGUAUACAGUGUCGGAUAAAAAUAAGAAGAAAGACAAGAUCUGAUAAACUUACAACAAAUUAUCCAAUUCCAUUUAAAGUAUUCAAAAGACUGUAAAAUAUAAUGCUAAUGAAUAGCUUUGUCUCAUCAUGUAAUUGAGAGAGGUUGUAAUAUAUUUAUGUACAUAUUGUAGGUAUAUAUUUUUUUUAAUAGUAAUUUUAGUUCCUUCAGGUA